AUGAACAGUGCGACCCAUCCAGAAGCAGCAUCCGGCCUGCCGCUCAAGCUUCUUCGUGAAGAUAUGUGGUCCGAGAAGCCGCCUAUACUGAGCCAGAAAAUGGACCAACAACAUGAUAGAUCUGGCUUCGCUGCUUCUCACGUCGAUUUACCCGCCGAAGAAGACUUCUUGGCUACUAUUCUCAGUAAUACAAAGCUCACCCGCUCCAUCAGCCUGUUAUCGCAUGGCCUGCGUUCUAUCACAGACAUAUCCUUUGAUUCCGGGUCUCUGCCCCGGCCAGCGUCACCCUCCACACUGCUUCUGGUUUCGCCCGUUCUGCUGGAUCUCCCUUGCUCACCGAAACAGCAGCUGCGGGCCGAACAGCCUUUUCCACAGUCUUUUCUUCUGGACGCCAAGACGUUCCCACGCCAGGACUCAUUUCUCCUGUUCAUGGAGCCUGCGCCAGUCAACCCUCCGCAAUAUAAUGUUUUGCCUCCCGGAGGAUGCCCAAGAUUCCAUGUUUACGACAAAUUGGCUGGCCAAGAGUCUCUUCCAAAUUACAAACCAGCAGCCUACAAGCUUGGAAUCUGUGCUCGGAAACUAGAGUGGUACAGUCCCUACGAGGCUGCCGCUACUCGCUCAUGGAAAAACUUCUUGGUGGAGCUCAACUCAACGCAGUUGAACUUCUACCUGAUUCCUAGUCAUUUGGAGCAGGUCUUGCUUGAUGCAAGAAGCUCCAUUUCCGAAGAGUUGAGUCCUUCGGGCGAGUAUCCUGAACAUUUGGAGUCUCUCUUCACUACAAACGCCGAUAAAGCGUUUUAUUCGGUGUGUGAUAAGCUCAAUGUUCUUCCUUCAUGCGAGUGGCUGAAUGGCUCAAGAAGCCUGUCUGUGGUGCUGCUUUCCCGUCUCAACGCCCCCAACAAUAAGCGCCUUGUUCGUUCAUACUCCUUACAACAUGCCAAGCUUGGGCUUGCUAGCGACUACACAAAGCGUGCCAACGUUCUCCGUCUCCGUCUUGAGAAUGAACAACUCCUCAUUCUGUUCGCAACUGCCAAAGACAUGAUCCAAUGGAAUUUGGCCGUUCUGGUCGGCAGAGAUCUUGCACUUGAUCUCACCGAUAGAGACUUGCCACGGUACAGAACGGUGCCUCGCCGGAGAAGAAACAAUAUUGACCGCAACACGCCAUUUUUCAACGACAUGAUGAACCGUAGAACGAGAGCGCAGUCAGACCCCAACGCAUCUUUGAGCUUGCGUGGCCGCUUCUUCAGACUCAAGGGCAAAUUUAAUUCUAGCGCCAAUUCGAGCGCUUCGGCGUCGUCUCGCGAUGUUUUGUCUGCGCCAACUCCCAGAACAAGAGAGUCCCGGCUGUACACAACAAGCAACAUUGCGUUGGCACAGGUUGAUACUCCUCCUCGGAGCAUGACCAGCACGCCCUCGUCUGUGCUCACCACGGGGCAGGAAGAUGACAUGGACGAAGAUGUUCUGAACUUGAGUGAUGUCCAUAACUCUGACGACGAAGACGACUUGGAAGCGUACAUGGACAUUUUGGCGCAAUGCAACGAGAACAACACCCAAAUGGGCAUGUCUCUCCUGCAAACCACCAGGAUUGAGGAUGAGAAAUGGUUCCCAGUUAAGCAAAUCGACAGCGAGAAGCGCCAAUUGCGAGACUCGCUCAAAUGCAUCCGGCCGUUGACGUUCGGCGACCCAUGGCUCAACAAGACAUUGGUAAAGCCUGCUAACAUGUCACCAUUGACACAUGCUUACUUGAGAGAGUCGUACUUUGCGUCGGAGCUCAAUUUGUUUGGUCGCAGCCGUAGUUCGUCAACGGUAUCGGUCUUUUCGUCGUCCGACAAGAAGCGGCAGAGUCUGAUCAGCAAGGAAUCAUUUCUUAAUCUUCCAGAUGCUGCUCUUUCGCGAAUUCCACAUCACAAUCUUCGAGAGUAUCAGGUUGGCUCGCACUCACUUACUCCCAAGUAUAUCUAA